AUGCAAUCGAUUCAAUCAAUUGAUAUCCCUUCUUUAGUUAAUUCAUUUCCCAGUAGACUCUUUUAUGCGUGUACAAAAUUACAAACAAUUAAUAUACCAAUGAAUUCACAACUCAUAUCAUAUGGGUGGAAUUCACUUGGUUUGACUUUAAUAAAUACACUAUUCAUUCCACAAAAAUUGAAAAUACUGGCUCAAGGCUGUACUGAAUAUACAAAUCUAGAAUCAUUUACAAUUCAUCCGGAAAACACAGAAUUUAGGAUAGAAAACAGUAUUGUUAUCUCAAAAGAUAAUGUUACCAUCUUAUAUCCAACAAAAUUAACAGGACAUGUGAAUAUUCCUUAUGGGAUUGUAGGAAUUGGAGGUUCUUCAUUUAGUACGUGCAGAUUUACUUCUAUAAAUAUUCCUAAUACUGUCCGAACAAUCGGAUCGUAUGCCUUUCUUGCUACAACAUUGAAUGAAGUUAUUAUUCCUGAUUCAGUAACAUUUAUUGAUAUGUAUGCAUUUUGUACCCCAUAUCUUAAGAAAGUUACACUAUCAAAGAAUUUAACUGUCCUAACAGAGGCAUGCUUUAAAGGGACACAGAUCACCGAAAUAGAAAUCCCGCCAAAUGUGAAACAAAUUGAUAAUAUGUGUUUUACAGGAUGCAAGCUAACAGUCGUUUACUUACCGGAUAGUGUUAAGAUGCUGAAUGGAAAAAUUUUUGAUGAUAAUGUUGAAAUCAAAUUUGGAAAUAACUCAAAUUUGUAUGUUAACCAGGAUUUCCUCAUUAUGAAUAAACAGAACACAACUGUCAUUCAACAUAUAGGACCAAAUUCAAAUAUUCAAAUUUCAAUUCCAUCAACAGUUACAACAAUCGGACAAAAUGCUUUCAGAGAUAAAACUAACCUAAUUGAGAUAUCAUUUCAACCAGAUUCCCAGCUCGAAGUAAUUAAUGAAUAUGCUUUCUUUAAUUGCAUAUCUAUGGUUUUUACAAGAUUACCACAAACAGUAAAAACAAUUGAAGGAUCUGCAUUUUUUCAAUGUUAUAAGCUCCAAUCAAUAAGUUUCCCAAUUCUUACCUCAAUCGGAAAAAAUGCAUUUCAAAAUUGCAUAGGGCUUACAUCAGCAGACAUUCAACUUUCGAGCGUUGUCACUCUUGAUGAUUAUGCAUUUAUGGGAUGCAAAUUAUUGCCAUCAUUUAACUUGCCAAGAAAUAUCAAGUAUCUUGGCAUUAGUGUUUUUCAAGACUGUAUCAAAUUGAGCAAAGUACUAUUCCAAUCAACAUUAAUUUCCAUCAAGGAAUCUUGCUUCCAAAAUUGUGCACUUGACAACGUUGAUUUAUCUCAAUGCACAAAUCUUCAUGAUAUUCCAAACAGAUGUUUUUACAACAACGCUAAUCUCCAGAGUAUAACAUUUCCUCCAUCGAUAAGUACAUUUGGAAUUUCAUCACUUUCGAUGACAGCAAUUACAUCUUUCACUGCAACAUCAAAUGUUAACACGAUAUCUACGAAAGCGUUUGAUGGAUGUCCAUUACUGACUGAAUUUAUCAUUGAUCAAGAUUCUGUUCUUACUCCAUCAGGACUUGGUGUUGAUGUUUUCAGGAAUUGCCCCAAGUUACGAAAUAUCACAUGCCUCAGUCAAAACUUCCAUGUAAUCACCAGCGCAUUGUUCACUCCUGAUGACACAAUCCUUAUUAUUUUCCCGCCAGCAUCUCAUGUUUCUUCAUUUGGUCUUCCAGGAACAGUGAAAACUUUUGGCGAAGGUGCAUUCUCGUUCUGCUCUAAUCUUCAGUCUGUUUUCAUUCCAUCUGACAGCCUUACAAGUAUCUCCACUCGUGCAUUUGAGGGAUGCACAUCACUCUCUUGGAUCAACAUUCCUAUAUGCGUUCAAAAUAUUGGCAACAAUGCGUUCAAGGAUUGUUCGAAUCUUCUAUGUGGAGUCAAACUUGAAAACAGUACAAAAGCAUUUAUCAGUCAGAUCGUUCCGAGCAGUGGACUCAGCAAGCAAGCAUUGAACUCUUGUCGUGUUCAAUCCUGUGCUCGUGGCCUUCCAAAGACUUCCCUCUCAUAUUCAACAUUUGUUGUUAUUAUUGUUAUGUAA